GCCAUUUCUGUGACAAGGAGCUGCGAUCUACAAACUGUCUUUCUCCCGAAACGAGAGAUUGUGUCUGGCGAGAGAAAGUGCGACACUGGUAGUAGCCUUCUGUCUACGCGGGAAAAAAUUUAUGUCACGACGAGAGCUGUGAACUUUAGCACGGCGCUGUUCAAUUGGCGACACGUCUGUCUGUCUUGCGAGAUUUUCUUUUCUGUGCCGGAGUGAACGAAGAGGAGAGCGAUACUUUUUCUUUUCACCCACGUGAGUGAGAAGUAUACGUGUCUGUGAGUUGCUUUUUGUGAUACUCUCUGUGACAUGUUGAGAUGAGUGCUAUCUUGUACACUUACAAUAAUUUAUUUCUCAUCAUGAUACUUUUUUUACCUCUCCGUCCACUUACUUUCCGGCAACUCCCAACAGUUCAUAAUUGUGUUUGUUUCCGCCCGAAACACAUUUUCUCCUGAGCUAUAACGACCGAGCCCAUAGUGCUCUUUUCAUCGUACUACGAUCGUAAGAAACGACUUAAAUAAAAAACUACUUCACACAGUCAAAGACCCGUUGUACUUUAGCAGCGCUACAGCUACUAGACCCCCACGUGUUCCACUUGACAUUAAAUAAGAGAGUUUUUGAAUAAAGACUUUCAAGCCAUCAAAAUGUCUGCCGCUAACGGACCAGCAAAGCCGCAGUCGGCUAGUGAGCUCGCCAAGCUCAAGGAUCAGGAAUUGAAGAUGAUCGAGGAGCAAGUCACUAUGGUACAGAUUACAACACAAUCCAAUUUGAUGCACGAGAAGGAGAAAGCUUCAGGUUUUUUAUUGUUCAAUGACAUGGAUAAUUAUUUCUUAGGGAAGUUCGUAUUGCAACAGAAUUUUGAUGUCACAUCAUCUGAACACCAACGUCCCUGCCGCUGCCCACCUCCACAGGCACAGAAGGGAGUCGACACACGCGUUGAGGCAACGAUUAAGAACGAUGCAGCCAAGGCAGAAGCACGCAAGAAGAACUUUUGCGCCCAGGUUGACAUGGAAAUCCAAAAGCAGGCAUUUGUGAUGCGGCAGGCAGGGGAGCACGAAAAGGCUGUCUUACGACAAGCAGCUGCGCAAAAGAAAAAUCAAAUCGAGAAAAUGGUACCUUGCCUAUGCAUAAGUAACUCAACUCUACUUUGGAGGUUUCUCGAGGAUCUCUCUUGUUGCUUGUCAAAAAAACUGUAACUCAUCUCUAAUAUUAUUACGCGACUGAACUUUACUUCGAUUUACCAUCAGAUUCACCAAUACGAAUUGGAGUUCGAAAACGACGCGUUCCACACGCGUCUGUCGGCGCAUCAUGAGAACCGCGCGAAGCACACCGAUGAUCAUCACUCGAACUUGAACGAGCAGUAUUCUCAGUUCCAGCAGCGACGAUCCAAGGCGGACGUGCACAUUGAUCACAUUGUCGCCCCCGCCGACUUGCCGACUCCGCGUGUGCGCAUGCCACCGGUGGAGAAAUUCGCGCAAAUCUUCGACUCCGCGCCACGCACUUUGCAGGUCGGCCUUAUCCAGUCGCCAUACGCAUUCUUGCACCACGGACAGUAAAAACGACAAAAAAUAGUCAAGGAAAAGAAAAUUUAGAUGUCUAUUGUAUUACUGCGUAGUGGACUAUUACUACUUUAUAAUGGACUAAGCCUAAUUUCGUUCAGACCAGAUAUUCUUGAUCCAUAUUAACUGUCGUUAUUUGACCAUAUUCAUACUGUAUAAGUGUAAGGAUAAAUGCUAGAUAACAAAAUGAUUUGCUGGGAUAAGAAAAUGUUCUAGCAGUUCCUGUGAAGUAAUACUCAUGCUCGAUAAUUGAUUUAGGUGUUUAUGACGAAUAGAAAGAAAUAAAUCGAGGAUCGCAAUGAAAUAUUUUAGGAAGUGGAAAUAACAACUUGGGUGGACUUAUGUUGGCACAUGGCUGAAAAGGCGUGGUAAUCGAGAAAACGAGCAAACGAACUUUUAUGUCGCGAGAGGACUCGUGAAGGACGAAAGUGAUCAAAGGAGAAAAAUAAACGUCACCAUAAUUGCCCGUCCGCCGAAACCACGCCUUGUUACGCAGAAAUACUUACGACGACACGCCCUCGUGGUACGCGAAUGAGCACGGGCGUUGCAACCCAAGCCAGAUGCCGGUGUAGAAGUUGUCCAAAAAUUUUAUUUAGUUCUUCAACGCAAAAGGAGAAAUCAUAGCUAGUACUCGUACUAGAACAAUCAUAAACCAAAAUGCUAAUCUAAUCCGCGACUAACAUAUAGAGAUCAAAACUAAUCAUGUAUUGAUUCGGCUAAUUAAUUCACCUGUAUUCAAACUUGGAAACAACCGCGCUCGGGAAAAUGUAAUCUUCAUGGAAUAACCUGUAUAUACGAUUGUUCUUUUCGGUUGUUACCAGCCGAUCUGGGAGGGCUUAAACAUGAACACGCGCAGAUCGUCUUCGUAGAACAGACCAGGACAGUAAUAUCGCGAUCGCAAGUAUUGGCUGAUUCUACUGCACUCUGCUUAUUUCAAUGCCAAUACAGGAGGCCUGUGUACCAUCCUAUAGACGCUUCUGACUUUUCUGUAAGGAAAUUUAUUUUAUGUCUCCGGUUAGGAAAUAAUUCUUGGAGGAAGAAUUAUUUUUGAUUAUCGUAGAGGCGGCGGUCACCAUAUAAUCUAACCUAGAAACACAGGAGAUGAACGCUUCCUAGAGGCUGUUCUCUUGUCAUAAUGCUCGACUAGCGCCAGAACAAGUUCCACAUGUUGUCAUGGGAAGAUGUGCUAUGUAAUUCUAUCAAGAUCUAUAGCCAGGCAUAACUGCUUGUGGAUCUUCCACUUGGAAUGCUCGAGUCAUAUUCACCGGGGCCUGUCUCAUCAGAAAAUUGGGGAUAUCGCAAACGAGACAAAAUACGAU